CCUCGCCAUAGUAGUAGACAUGGCGGGUUUCAGCUAAGCUAAAUGACGAAAUAAAAUUUGUUUGCUGUAACGAAAACGUGUUAAUCCUUUAUAACAAGUGUAGUAAUCGAAAGACUUAUUUAGGUAUAUUGUAUUAAGAUAAAAAUGCAGAAUGUCGGACAGUCUGAAAACCGAAAUAUCGAUAAGGUGAAUGUGCAACUUGAUGUGGUAAAAUCGUCCACUCCUCAAAGUUCGGCUUCAAGUCCAGCCAAAUCUGAAACUGAAACGUAUUCAGGUGCACCUGCUAAAUAUAUGACCGACUCUUCGGAAAGCGAGGAUGAUUCCGUAUCUGAGAUUUUGCUGGCUUGUUUGUGCCUAAGCAGGCCAGACCUGUUGGCCGAAAUGGAUGAGGAAGGAGGUGGUACAGAAUCUUCCAAGUUCCUACUAUCACAUGAUGAGCCUGAAGCAACUGUUGACGCGGAAAUGCAGGCCAGGCUCGAAACUCUGUUAGAAGUAGCUGGUAUCAGCAAGUUGUCGGGGGAGGGCAAACACCUGGCGGACCCGGAGGUGUUGCGGCGGCUCACGUCGUCGGUGUCGUGCGCGCUGGACGAGGCGGCCGCGGCCCUCACGCGCAUGCGCAGCGACCAGCCGCCCGCCCCCGCGCCCGCGGCCCCCGCCCCCGCCGCCCUCGCCCCCGCCGCCCUCGCCCCCGCGGCCCCCGCCCCCGCGCAACCCGCGCCCCCCGCCACCAGCGCGCAGCCCCGCCCGCACCAACAGGACAAACCGUACGUACAAGCGGAACAACGUGAUCCGAGUCGGAAUACAUCACAAUACAACCUAAAGCUUUAUUCAUAA